GAUUUGUCCACGAACUUCGACCACCAAUUCAAAUUUAGGGAAGCAAUGUUGAAUGCUAUCCUUGACGUAGGUUACAACCUCCUUGACAAGGGUUGGAUCCCAGACUUCAUCCUGCGACACGUCAUACGCGCUCUUUGUCGCCAAAGGCUGUGUGAAAUAGAUCUGGGGUCGUUCGAAGCUAAUCAUGCCGCCAAGAUGAAGUGGAUAGAGGAUGUUCGCGCGAGGACGACGAUUGCGGACGUUCCAGAAAAGGCGAACGAACAGCACUAUGAGGUCUCGACCAGGUUUAUUUUAUCAACGCUGGGUCCAUGUGGAAAAUACUCCUCGUGUUUAUAUCCAACCGGAAGGGAGACCCUUGAAGAAGCUGAAAUUCUCAUGUUUGAAAGCUACUGCCAAAAGGCCGAGUUGCGCAAUGGGCUGGAAAUUUUGGACCUGGGAUGCGGUUGGGGUAGCUUGAGUCUCUUCUUAGCAAAGAAAUAUCCCAACGCAAAGAUCACCGGUGUUUCUAAUUCUGCUACUCAGAAGGCACAUAUAGAUGCAACGGCAAAGGAGCGUGGUUUCUCCAACGUAGAGAUCAUUACGGCGGACAUCAAUACAUUCGAUUUCUCCAAGUCGAGGCAGUUUGACAGAAUUAUCUCCAUCGAGAUGUUUGAGCACAUGAAGAAUUAUGAAGUGCUGCUCAAGAAAGUGUCAAGCUGGUUGCGGCCUUCUGAUGUCGACCAUCCGGACGAGGCAUUGUUGUUCGUCCAUAUCUUCUGCCAUCGUAUCACGCCGUACCACUUCGAGGAAGGUGAUGGUUGGAUGGCGCGCAAUUUCUUCUCCGGCGGAACAAUGCCAUCUCACGACCUUUUGCUAUACUUCCAGUCUGAUCUCAGCCUGAUUCGAAGUUGGUACUUAUCAGGAACCAACUACUCGAGAACGCUAGAAGAUUGGUUAGGACUGCAAGACAAGAAUGCAACAGCUUGUUUAAAGGAACUCCGAGAAGAUGCUAUAUCCAAAGGCAAAGAUCCAAUUGAAGGAGUCAAGGCUUUUUAUAGGUUCCGCGUGUUCUACAUGGCGUGCUCCGAGCUGUUCAAUAUGGACAAUGGACAACAAUGGGGCGUUGGUCACUACCUCUUCAAGGCGAAGAACAACUAGUAAGAUGAGCAGCUACUUUUUUGCCUUCGAAGCACGUUCUCUUUGAGCUUCUCUCUUCUCUUUCAGACGUUUCUUCUUCAUUUCCUUCCUUCUCCGUUUAGUCUCUCUUUUGAGAACCCUCACGGUUCGAACGAUGUCCCACUUCUGUUGUAUCAGGAUAAUCAAUAAAAGGCCCUUUGUUAGAUUAGCGAUAGAUAUUACCCUCGAUCCCUUUCGCAUCCUGUUUGCAACCUGUAAAAUCGUUUGCUCGGAU